AUGAUCACGCCGACUCAGAGCCGGAUGGUCCGCGGAGAAAAACAAGAGGAACCGAAAAGAAAAAAAAAAACAAUCACGGCUAAUUUUAUCUCUCGGGGUUAGAGUGAUAAAGGAAGUGCUAGGCAGUGGCUGACAGCUGAGAUCUUUGGGUACUGUUUUGUUUUCUGUGUCGGGCUGCGCGCGCUGCGUGUAAGCAGAAUGUAACCCUUGUGAGUGAGAAUGGAAUUUAAAUAACCGAGAAAAAGUUCAACACAAACACCGAAAUCACACUGAGUACUAAGCUCUCCGUGAGUGUGCUGUGGAAGUGAGACAGCGCUAGCAUGGGUGAACGCACUCCGCUGUUGCAUUACCGGCUCUCGGCUAGCGUGCACGAGGGCUCCGGUGAGCACCGGGCGCGCGAGGAGUCGGCGGAGCGCACGGCGGUGAGGCGGAGGUCCGCUCAUGGCCAGCCUCAGAAACUCUCCACCUUCUUCGGGGUGGUGAUUCCCACUCUGCUCUCCAUGUUCAGUGUGGUGGUGUUCUUACGGAUCGGUUUCGUGGUGGGUCAGUGUGGACUGUACCAGGCCGUGGUCAUGUUUUUGGUGGCGUAUUUCAUCAUCAGCAUGACCGUGCUCUCCAUCUGCGCCAUCUCCACCAAUGGAGCCCUGGACGCUGGAGGAGCUUACUAUAUGAUCAGUCGAGCUUUAGGGCCAGAGUUUGGUGGCAGUAUUGGGAUCAUGUUUUUCUUUGCAAACGUGUGCGGCAGCGCUCUCUACGUGCUCGGGCUGGUGGAGGCCAUUCUCGCAACUUUCGGACGUCCUGAAGAUGGAUUAGGCCACGCCCCUCAGUACGCGGUGAUGCCGGUUGGUUAUUGGUGGUCUUUGCUGUAUGCCAGCGUUAUCCUGCUGCUGUGUGUGUUGGUGUGUUUGAUUGGCGCUCGUAUUUAUGCCAAGGCCACAUUCCUCAUCUUCAUGGUGGUGAUGGUGGUGCUCUUCAUCAUCUUCAUCAGCUUCUUUGCCGUCAGACCCCGCAACAUCCCGCUACCGAGCAUGCUGGGAAACUCGAGCUCCAUCCCCACCACCGCCAACUUCACCGGCUUCAAACUUGACACGCUGCUCGGGAACCUCAAAGCGGAUUACACAGUGGACUACACCACGGGAGUGACGAUGACUUUUGCCACUGUGUUUGCGGUCAUGUUCAACGGAUGUACCGGGAUUAUGGCUGGAUCCAACAUGUCGGGUGACCUGAGGAACCCAAGUUACUCUAUCCCUCGUGGAACGAUCACUGCUGUCAUCUUCACCUUCAUUACCUACAACCUACUCAGCUUACUGGUGGCCUGCACUUGUGACAGAAUUCUGUUACAGAGGGACUACAGUUUCCUGCGGGACAUUAAUCUGUGGCGUCCGUUCGUCACCAUCGGCGUUUACUCAUCCACACUCUCAGCCGCCAUGAGCAACCUGAUCGGCGCCUCACGCAUUCUGUACGCACUCGCCAGGGACGACCUGUUCGGUAAAGUCCUGUCCCCUGCUACGAAAACCUCUGGCAACGGCAACCCCUGGGUCUCGGUUCUCAUCUCCUGGUUCCUUGUACAGCUGGUGUUAUUCUCUGGGAAGCUGAACACCAUAGCAAGCAUAGUGACCAUCUUCUUCCUGUUGGUCUACGCCGCAGUGGAUCUGGCCUGCCUCGCUCUGGAAUGGGCCUCCGCCCCUAACUUCAGGCCCACGUUCCGUUACUUCACGUGGCACACGUGUGUGUUGGGCAUCAUCGGCUGUGGAGUGAUGAUGUUUCUAAUUAACGCCAUCUACGCCUCGGCCAGCAUCGCCUUCAUGCUGCUCCUGCUACUGCUUAUCCAUUAUCUGAGUCCAACUAGCAGCUGGGGCUACAUUAGCCAGGCACUAAUCUUCCACCAGGUGCGUAAAUACCUGCUGAUGUUGGACGUGCGUAAGGAUCACGUGAAGUUCUGGAGGCCUCAGGUGCUGCUGAUGGUGGCCAACCCUCGCACUAACAUCGGCCUCAUCACCUUCAUUAACGACAUCAAAAAGAGCGGCCUUUACGUUCUCGGACACGUCCAGAUCGGAGACCUGGCCGUCCUUCCCUCUGACCCUCUGCAGUGUCAGUAUGACUCUUGGCUCUCCCUGGUGGAUCACCUGAACAUUAAAGCCUUCGUUAACCUGACGUUAGCUGACUCUGUACGACACGGAGUACAGCACCUGCUCUUCAUCUCUGGACUCGGCGGUAUGAGACCGAACACGUUGGUUCUGGGGUUCUAUGAUGACAUUCCCCCUAAGGACCAGCUCCAAGAUCGCUCGUUCCACUCAAGCAAAUCUGUGGACAACCCUGUGUUUUCUGAAGACCCGGAAGAUCCGCUUUUUCAUUUCCCUCCUCUCCGGGGCAGCAUAGACGGGGCCUGGCAGGGGAAAGCGAUCGGCCCUCAGGAGUACGUCAGCGUGAUUGCAGAUGCUGUGAAGAUGCUGAAGAACGUGGCGUUAGCGAGGUACUUCUGCCAGUUCGACGACACCCGAGUCCGGCAGAACGCAAACGGCAUCUUCGUGGACGUGUGGCCUGUCAACCUGCUCCGACCUGACAGCUGCUCUUACGUUGACACAUGCUCACUUUUCCUUCUCCAGCUGGCCUGCAUCCUCAACAUGACCAGGGCAUGGCGCAAGGCCAGGCUCCGCCUCUUCCUGUGCGUGGAGACAGGGCGGAGUCUAAAGGAGGCGGAGCGUAAGCUGGGCCAGCUGCUGAAGGAGCUCCGGAUGAAGGCGGACAUCUACACGGUGCCAUGGGACGCUCAGGUGGCGCUGCACUGGCAGAGACAGACCAGCUCUAAAAAAAGAAAGAAGAAUGGAGGAGAGGCGGAGGAAGAGGCGGAGCUAGAAGAGGAGGACAAGCCAGAAGAGGAGGAGUAUGCUAACGGUUACCACAGCAACACUUCUCGCCUGACAGACGACUACUUACUUGCUGUUAACAGGCUGAUCAGUGACCAGCCCUGCCCUCCCCCUGCUGUGCGUUUCCUGUAUUUGCCCCGCCCACCUGCUGACACACGCCGGUACUGUGACUACCUGCAUCAGCUGGAGCUGCUGAGCCGUGACCUUGGGCCCACUCUACUUAUCCACGGGGUCACACCCGUAAUCACCACUGACCUUUGACCUGGGACCUUUACCAAGGCGACAAAUGAUGUCCAGAGAACAGAAGCGGGGAGUGAUGAGCACAACACUUUAGUUUCACUGGGGGAAAAAAAAGUGGAGCGAGGUCUGUUAGAAAAGCUUCACUUCCUUCUCUUUCUUUUCCUUUCUGCAUUUUUUUUUUUUACUUUUUCCUUAUUUUUAUCCUUUUCCCUUUCUUUAUUUUUUCUAUUUUGUUUUUCUUUUUCCUUUCUUUUUUCCUUUUCUCGCCUUUCCUUUCUUUCCUUUUGAUUUCAUUUCUUUUCUUUUACGUUCAUUUUUUCUUUUUUCCCCCUUUUUCUUUUUUCUUUUUUUUAACAUUUUCUUUUUUUUCUCCUGUCUUUCUUUAUCCUUUUUUCCUUUCUUUCUUUUGUUCCUUCCUUUAUUUUUCUCUCCUAAUCCUCUUGAUCAUUCCUCACACAGAGAUGGAGAGAUUGGUUGUAAAUAUUAACAGAGUAACACUUUCUGCUUCCAAAUAUUUCAUAUUUUCCAGGAACAUGUCUGGACCUCUGCGUUUCUUGGAAAAUUUCUGGAAUAUGAUGUAAACAAUAAUACUAAACAUUACUACAGUUACACAUGUACACUUUUGUCUAAAUAUUCCAUCCUUCAGUCAAACAGUCGACUCGGUGUUACACGUCAUACCAGUUGAACUAAAUUAAAGACAUCACGUCAGUUUAAACUCACAUUUAUAUCGUAGUUAUAAAUGCUCCAUUUUAGCAUCAUUGUCACUGAGUAAAAUGUUGUGGUAGUUUUUAUUAAAUAAUGUAAACAUUGUUACACACACACACACACACACACACACACACACACACACGUACACGGUGCUGAGUGAUCAGGACGAUCUGUCUAUGUCUCUGACAAUCAGAGUUCAGGAUCAUCCCUGAGAGAGAAGAGCAUUAAUUUUUUAUUUAUUUCUGUACACCAGAGUGAAACAGACACACACGGUCCAGUGGCAUUGUGCAGGGUUGGAAGUGUGUGUGUGUGUGUGUGUGUGUGUGUGUUAAACUGUGCAUUUUUCACCAUUAUGGUUUCACCAAUUAAAUCAUUUAGGUUCCAGCUUCAAUUCUUAAAGCAUUACAGCUAUGUUUAUGAUUAUUUAAAUGAAUUUUUUGUAGAUAAUUUAUAAACUAAUAGUGUAUCAUAAAGUGUAUAUUAAAGCAGUGUUAUUAAUUCAGUGAUGAUCUGAUGAUAGGAACAUGUUGUAAUAUAACUGUAACUGUUCCCAAACUACUGUCUAAUACUCCCUGUACUUCAUUAUGCAGCACCUUACAUCUUUAUCGAUAAUUAGAAAAUCAAAAUUAAAAAAGGAGAAUUAAUAAAAAAAAAUUAAAAUAAAAAAGCACAAUAAGAAAACUUGAGUGAUUUAUCCUUAAAUUAGUUUACAUACUGACUUCCGCUUGGGUUAAGGACAAGCAAAUUCCAUUUAAAGUAUAAAUAAAGGUUGAAUUUCUUUAAAGAUGUGUGACAUGUGACCUUUUGCACAAACUGUAGCUUUUUGAAUGCAGCUGUUUGAUAGAAAUGACCAAUGCCACAUGAAAUUUAUAAAUGAAUGAAGAAUUCAGAGUUGUACUAAAAAAAUAGAAAAAUACCAAAUUUAUUUUGCAAAUAAAUUUUGUAUUUUUAGUGCAAUAUUUUUCUUUCUCAUUUCUUUAGCCAACUUCAUUAGAACUGUUCAGAAAUGUUAGUUAAUGUUUUAAUAAUAAUAUUGAUGGGUUCAUAAAGUCAAGAUAGGAUUGUUUGCUGUGUAAACUGUGGUUCAAGACCAAUUUACACACGCCGCUCUUUUCUGCAAUGAAGCGAUAAUAAAUAAACUAAUAAAACUGUGAAAAAACAGCUUUAAACAAUGUCCAAAUAAUAAAAUGAAUUCCUCUCACAAUUAAACAUUUCAGCUUAAAUUAUGCUAAAAAAAGAAACAGAUGUGAGUAUUUAUUAUUAAUUAAUAAAUCGUCAUAUUAAUUAAUAAAUGAGUAAUUACAUUAAUUUAUUAAAAUGAAUUAUCAUUUGUAACUGAAUAAUAUGUAAUGUUAAUGAAACGUUUUCGUAGAUCUCUCAUCGUUGUGACUUUUUUACUCAUAAAUGUGGUUCUGGGUUUCAUGCUCCGCACGUGUCGGUUCUGUGGUGUGGCUCUUUUAAAGACGCUGACAUGUUUUCACUUACAGAGCACUUAUCAGACACUUUCUGUUGUUUUUUUUAGGAAAAUUACAGCCAGUGUUCAGUCACUCAUGUCACUUUGCGGCUCUGAAAGUAUGAGCUGAAACUCAGAAAUGUUCAUUUCGUGCUCCACAGACUCGGAACAACGCAGCAACACUUUCUACACAUCUCUCCUGUUUAAAGUUUCACACAGACAGAGGAGGAUAAAAUAACAAAAAUUUAUGCAUCUCUUUGUAAUAUUGGAUGUAUGCUGAGUGAUUUUUAUAAAAUCAGAGCAGAACUUGUGAUUAAUCUGUGAAAUGUAAUAACAGAACAAACCUGAAGGCGUGAAUGAGUCUCGAUGGCAGUAUUUAAAUGAUUUCAGUGCAUUUUGUUUUCAUGGUGUUUGUUAAAGAAGAUAAGAACACUUUACAGAUUUAACAAGUAAUUUCACACUUUGAUUUAUUGAUUGUGAGAGUUUAUUUGGAGAAUGAACAUUAACAGAAGUACAGUCUCCACCACGGCUGCGUAUUUUUGGGUAAAAUUUAUCUCAUGGUGCCUUUAAAAUAACUGUGAGUAACACUUUACAUUAAAGUUCAGUUUACAAACUUUAUUUACUGAAUUAAUGAACAUUUUAACAGUAAGUUUACAUGUGUACUAACUCUUACUUUCUUUCUAACUUUUGGACUUUUUGCUCCCUUUCUUUUCCCUUCUUUUUCCUUUUUUGUUUCUUCUUUUUUAUAGACUUCUUUAUUUGCUUCCAUCAUUCUUUUUCCUUAUUUUGUUUGUUUUUCUUUCUUUUCUUUUUUUUUUUCUCUUCUUUCUCUUUUCCCCGUUUUGCACCGUUGAAUUUUCCUACUUUGCUUACUUCUUUCAUUUUUCCAUUUUGGUUCAUUCUUUCUUUUGCUUUUUUCCUUUUUAGCUUCUUUCUUUCUUUCUUUCUUCCUUUCUUCCUUUAAAUGUUAAUGAAGUGCACCCGCAUUAAUGUUUAUUCAGUCCCUGACUAAAAAUAAGUCACUUAAAUUAGCAUAAAUUAAAUGUUAAUAAUUUCCUGAUCUCUGGCCUCCAGAUGUAAAUAUUAAACCUGAAUUUCAGCCUCAGUUCUGAAUUCUAAUGAACCUCUGAAAGUUGUUCAGUGUGAGAUGUAUUUUACUCACUGAUACGAUGAACAUGAAUUAAUGUAGGUGUUAAUUAUUUGAUAUAAACACAUUCAUGAAUGUUUUGACCUAAUAAACAAAUAAUAUCAGUGAAGUGAACUUUAAUGUAAAGUGAUAAAUGUUGUUUACUGAAUGUUUUACUUUGAGUGAUAUUGAAACCAAAGUGUAUGUGUUAUUAUGUGUGGUAUUAUUUAAUCAAUAAUAAUAAUAAUAAUAAUAAUAAUAAUAAUAAUAAUAAUAAUAGUUUUCUGUAUGUUUACUACUAAAAUAUACUGAAUAUAUGACUAAAUCAUGUUAACUGAAAUUUACUGAUGUGUUUGGAUUUAUUUUUUCCAGAAGCACUGUUCAUGUGUAGAAAUUUUCAUUCUGAAUUAAAUUAAAGAGUGUUUUGUUU